AUGGCGUCAGUGGUCUGGAUCACUGAUUAUCCAAAGCUAAUUUGGUUUAACAAAGAAAAUGAGAUAUUUGAAAUUGUAGAUAAUGCCAAGAAAAAUCUGAUAAAACAGUUGAGAAAUUUGGAACAUUCUUUAACUACAAUGAACACCGGUUCCCAUGGGGCAGACAAAUCCAAAAUGAAUUAUCCUCCUCAAAACCUCACCCCUGCGGAUCUGAACUUUGAAACCAGCUUCACUGUACAGUGCCUAGAUCAGGAGCAGGGUGUUUCAUGGAUAAGAAGUGAGAGACUUCCAGCAUUCCUUAAGAGUGACUGUUACUUUGAGUACAGGCUUGCAAAAUUGCUGUCUCAGUUAGACCACCAGACUGGAACUGGUACACUUCAAGUAGACAGUUCAUACUACCCAUGGGUUAUUGGAGCAAAAGAAAAAUCCAUCUCUAAAAUGAUAGACAAAACUGACCUUGCCAUGAAAGAAUUGUACAUCUGCUUUGGACAGGCUUCUGUUACCCAAACUAAAGCGUUGUUCACAGAAGCUAAAGAAGACAUUCCACUGAUUGUCAUCCAGUCAGAACGCAAGCCUAUCUUUGCUAUUGAGACAUCUGUACCAUCAUCAACAGCUUCAUUGCAAACUUUAGAAAGGGAACUAUCCAGUAAGAUAACUAUUUUUAUGACCCUUUACAAAAAGAGUUGCGCACCAGCAACAGUUUUUAUGAGAGAAAGAUCAGAGAUUGAUACUGAAGAAAACGAAGAUCAAGACAGCACUGAAAAUUCAAUAGAAACCCAAGAGGAAGAAAUCAGUACAGCAAGUAGGGCAACAGAAAGCUCAGAGACUGAUCUCUCUUCUGAAAAUGAUCAAACAACAACUCCCUUGAACAACAGUUCAGUGAUUGACAGUCAGGUGGUCCCAAAGUUGACUGUUUUAAAACCUUCUCAGCAGAAUGAAGUGGGAUCAGCAGAAGAAAGUGAUAAUACAAUGUCUCAAGCUUUAACGACAGGUGUGGAUGAGGAAAGUACUUCUUCUAGUGAAGAUGAUAUUAGACAUGAGUGCUAUGAUCCACCAAAUUGUCAUUAUAAUUUCAAUAACAGUAAGGGCAUUGAAAAGUUCAAGAAGUUUCUCCAGGGAACAGCUGGUGAAAAAUACUGGUGGCUGUGGAUGGAUAUUGAAAGACUAAAAGUUAUCAAGGAUGCCAAAAAGAGUCAAAGCUUCCUGAACCACAUCAGGGAUCGUUAUUUGUGUAGCAACGGUGAAUUCUACCUGAAUGCAGAAACGCGUGCAAAGCUGGAUCUGUCAUUUGUAUCAAAUUGGACUUUAGAAAAUUUGUGUCAGAUACAGUCAAAAAUAGUGAUACCUCUACUUCAAUAUUGGGGUCCAAGGUAUUGUGUUAACCAAGGAAUUCCCAUAAGAAAAGCUGGUACUAUACUGAAAGAUUGGGAAGAUCGACACCUGAGACCUAAAUCACAAAUAGGUUUAUAUACUAAGACUGCUAUGCCAAUGCCAAUUCAUACCCGAAUUGUUUGCACUCCAGAAGAGUAUGAAAAUAACCAGCAAAAAUAUUCAGCAUGGGGACUCAAACCAGAUUCUGCAACUCACGUAUCACCAAAACCAAAUCCACCAAAACCCGAAACAGAAAAUACAUCGUUUGAAAAGAUGAUGGAGAGUCUUUCCAACAAUGUGGUGAAUAAGGAUAACCUUCUCACUUCAGUUGGCAGCAUUUGGUCUCACGAUGCAAAUUCUGUAUUUGCUUUUGAAAAUCUAAAGUUACAUAAAUCAAAACAGAAUAGCAAUUUGGAGAAGCUGAUGCGGAUCACAAAUUACCAAGAAGCUUUAUGUGAUUAUAAAAUGGAUAACUUGCUGCAGGCCCUGCACAAGGAAAACUGGACUGGAUACCUUUUCACUUCUUUUUGUGAACAAACAGGAAAUCCGUUAUGGAAGAACUGCAUCAACCUGUGGUUUGACCUGAAAGAGUAUCAACGACUUUUUUAUACAGAAGUCUUUCAGCCUUUCAAACUCAGGAGACAAGCUCAGUUCAUUUUUGCUAAAUACAUUGUUGACAAAUCUCCAGAAGAUGUGGAAAUUGGUGUAGAAAACAAGAAAAUAAUCUAUCAAGAGCUGGAGCCACCUUUUGAAGAACUGUUCGAUGAUGUGGAGGUAUAUGUUCUCAUCUUGCUACUGGUACCUUGGAUGCACAUGAUUGAAAUGGACAUGUCGAAAUUCAGAAAGGUGGAGGUGAUAAAGGAGACUCAACGCUUGGAUUCAAUGUACUACGAGAAACUUGAGGAACUACAGAAAAACUUGUUUCCUAAUGAACAAUUUAUUCUUCCUGCCCAUUCAAUCAGUCUAGUGCAUCCUUCAGACAAUGUGAAAGGCUCAAACUACUGGCAGACCGUUCCUGAAGAAUUCUGUAAUUACACAUUGGAUGCACUUAUUCGUAAUCGCUUAGAACUUGAGAAUUUCCAGGUAUUCCUUCGUGAAAAUUUAGCAGGUAUGGAUCUCAAGUGCUGGAUGGACAUUGAAUACUUCAGAAGAAUACCUCACAAUGAAAAAACUACAAGAGAUAUUACGUCCAAAGCCAUCAAAAUCAAGUACUUGAAUAGGCAGUACUUCUUUGGACCUAGUAGCCCAGCUUCAAAAGUACAACAAAAUGAUGUGAUGAUACUAGCUGGGGGAUGGGGCAAGUUGCUCCAUGAUAAGUUGUCUUCAGAUAUUCUAAUUGAAGUUCAAAAAUAUGUAAAAUUACGCUUGGAAAGAAAAUGGCUGCCAAUGUUUCUGGCUUCACCAGAGUUUGUUCAGAGGCACCAUAAACAGGUACAAAUGCACGAUGUAGUCGAGGACCAGAUGUUACAAAAGAGUAAGAAGAAGAUCCAAUGGAAUAAAUGGCUUGCCUCAUCAAAAGAAAUUAUUGCAUUCCGUAAAACCUUGUUAAAUCCAAUAACAGCUUUUCAGUUUCAACAGUUUGUAUCACUGAAAGGUGAACUAAUGCAGAAUAAUGUCAUCUUCUGGCUUGAGGUUCAAAAAUACAAGGAGAUGUUCCAUUCUCAAGCUAGUGAGGAGACUAUUCAAAACAAGAUCUCAUCCAUCAUUAAUUGUUUCAUCAAUUCCAGCAUCCCUCCACCUAUACAGAUUGAUAUUUCGCCAGAAUGCGCACGAAGAAUCAUAAAUUACAAUCAAGACCAGAGACCAUAUAUCUUCAGAGAAGCACAGCUGACAGUAUUUGACCUUCUCUUCAAAAUAUGGCCGGACUUCUUGAACUUCCGACAUAGUGUUGCAGAUGAAAGCGUCUUGCCAACCUUGGAAAGAAAAUUAAUGAGGAAAUAUAGAAGUAUUGAAAAGACCAUAACAGCUGAGAGCUCAUUCGAGGAUGUCCUGCUGGGUACAAAUGAAUUACAUUUUGACAGCAGAAAGUCCAGUACAAGUCAAAUCUCUGUGAAGAGUGGAGGUAGUGAACAUAAGAAUGGUGCGAAACAUUCAACAGGAAACUAAGCCAAAUGAAGGCAAGCUGACAACUGAAAAUAAACUUGACUAUAACCUAUGAAUUAAAGUGACAUUCCAC